ACUUAGCUUAUAUACUCAUAGAAUAUAUUUUAGGAAUGAAUUCACCAUUAGGAAAUUUUCAUGUAUGGUUUAGUGUUCAUAUUUAAAAGAGAAGCAGGACAAAAUUCACUCAUGGCAUGGACAAUAGUUUUUUGGUGGUGUCAUUUAGUCUGGGCUGCUUCAGGAUGCAACACUGGAUGGUUUGGCUCCAGCUGCCAAUACAAAUGUCACUGUACCAACAACAGAUGUGAUGACCAAGGUCUGUGUUUAGCUGGGUCAAGUUGUGAGCGGGGCUGGUUUGGUCCACUCUGUCAGUACCAAGACCUUGCUACAUUAAACGCUGUCUUAGUACCAGAGUCCAGUAACAUAGUAGACGGACAGGAUGUGACGUGGACAAGUUUACAAAACGUAACAAUUAGAUGGAGUGUAGAGUACAGAGUUAAGUGGAUACAGAUUGUGAUGGGGGACACAAGCUCAAUUAAAGACGUACUCGUAACAUUCCGAAAUAAAACCAAAAACAGGUCUUGCAUUGAUCAAACAGUGACCAAAGUAAAUAAUAUAACAACCGAUAUUUUAUGCAAUUCUUGGAUUAGAACUACUCAGAUAUUUAUUGAUUUCAGAACAUCAAAAAAUGUGGCUUCUCUUCACAUUAGUGGGGGCCGAAAUUUGGCUCUAAAAAUGGCAACCAGACAGACCAGCGAUUACGUUGAUACUGAGCGAGGCCUGACCUUUGACUCGACGAGAGCUGUGGAUGGGAAUCCUAAUGGAGAUUUCAACGGGCAACUGUCUUGUACUCAUACUGAACAGCAUCCUGUCCCCAGCAGUUGGACUGUGACAUUUCCUAGGCCACAGUUUGUUACAAGAUAUGUCUUAUACAACAGGGUUGACGGUAACUAUGGAGUGCGACUGAAAGGAUUUAACUUGAUCAGCUACACCCCAAACAACUCAGCUGCAUUCAACUAUACGGAUAAUACAAACAGCACCAGUGAACAUAUUUACAAUGUAACGACUACGGGAAAGAAGGGGGUGUCGUCUAUUGAAAUAAUAGCUAAACACAAAGACAACUAUUUAACACUGUGUGAAGUGGAAGUUUACGGCGAUCAAGAAUGUCCAGACAACACAUACGGGCUAGACUGUAGCAGUACGUGCAAUUGUACUAACUGGAAACAGUGUUUUGUUUCAACUGGUCAGUGUCAUGGCGGCUGUGUUGCUGGUUUCUAUGGUGAUGAAUGCAGCCAAUCUUGCGACGAGCAUCAUUAUGGGCCUGAGUGUAUCUACAGUUGCUCAUCAAUGUGUGAGAAUUCAACGUGUGAUAAAACAAAUGGUAUCUGCCGCACCUGCAUAUCAGGAUAUCAAAAUGAUUAUUGUAACUCAACUUGCGACGAGCAUCAUUAUGGCCCUGGGUGUAUCUACAGUUGCUCAUCAAUGUGUGAGAAUUCAACGUGUGAUAAAACAAAUGGAGUCUGUGGUACCUGCAUUUCAGGAUAUCAAGAUGAUUAUUGUAACUCAACAUGCGACGAGCAUCAUUACGGACCUGGUUGUAGAAACAAGUGCUCUCCAAACUGCCUGAGUUAUAAAUGUAAUCACACCAGUGGUAAUUGCUUAACGUGUAUUCCUGGGAGAGUUGGUCCAUUCUGUGAACAGGCAUGUAAUACCUCGUUCUACGGUCAGAACCGUACACAGAAAUGUAGUACAAAUUGUACAGACUCGAAGUGUAACAACACCGAUGGAAAAUGCCAUGACUGUAUUCCUGGAACCAGCGGAGACUUUUGUCAUUUAGCUUGCGACGAGCAUCAUUAUGGGCCUGGGUGUAUCUACAAUUGCUCAUCAAUGUGUGAGAAUUCAACGUGUGAUAAAAAAAAUGGUGUCUGUGGUACCUGCAUAUCAGGAUAUCAGGAUGAUUAUUGUAACUCAACAUGCGACGAGCAUCAUUACGGACCUGGUUGUAGAAACAAGUGCUCUCCAAACUGCCUGAGUUCUAAAUGUAAUCACACCAGUGGUAAUUGCUUAACGUGUAUUCCUGGGAGAGUUGGUCCAUUCUGUGAACAGGCUUGCGACGAGCAUCAUUAUGGCCCUGGGUGUAUCUACAAUUGCUCAUCAAUGUGUGAGAAUUCAACGUGUGAUAAAACAAAUGGUGUCUGUGGUACCUGCAUAUCAGGAUAUCAGGAUGAUUAUUGUAACUCAAGUAAGCCAUAG